AUGUGGUCUAAAUAUUUGAAUUUAUUAGCAUUAAUCACUUUAUUAAUUGGUUCUACCCAUAGUAAAGAACGUGGUCUUCUUAGUAGACUACUCAGUGGUGGAUCAUCAAAAAGUGUAUCAAACAGUGAUGGAGAAAUGGUACGUGAACGAUCAAAAAUACGUGAACUGUUGAGAAAUCCGAUUGUUAUUGGUUUAUUGAGUGCUGCUGUCGGUAUGCUUAUUCAAAAAGCUCUUGAAUCACGAAAUGUAGAUAAAAACAGUAUAUGUGAAAAUAAUUAUGUCAAAAUGGCAUCCAUGGCAUCAGCAACAAAUCCACAACUAAAGCAAUUAUUAGAUGUAUUGGGCUGUACAGAAAAAUCCAAUAUUAAAAAACCAUCAACAAGUUCUACCGAUGAUGAGUCAAAUAUAACAGACGCAAUCGGUGAUGAUGGUAGUCGGGAUGAACAUAUCAGUAAAUUAAGUUUACUCAAGGAGAUAUUUAGAGGUGAGAAAGGUGCAAAGCGAAAAUUUCUUAAGUCACUAUUUGGACUAAAAAGUAAAGAAAGGAAAGCUGGUGAAAAAUUACCAAAAAGUAAUUAUGAGUUGGAUAAGAGUGACGCACAAACAAUGAAUGAUUUACAAAAAGAACUAAAUGAACAUGGAAAUAAAUUUGAUUAA